AUGAGCUCCCCAUCAGUCUCUCUGGGUGAAUCCUUGUUUCUCUCUCCUGCCAGUGGCUCCGACUCAGAAGGAACUCCAUCACCAAGAAUCACAGGUGCAGGUCCCGUGCUCUCGCCACCACCCAUUCAGCACUCCGAGCCUCUCAGGCCAGGCCACGGCUCAAGACCAGGGCACCCACCUCGCCUUCCUUCACCCCGUCUUUUUCGUGACUUCUUCAGUACCAUGAAUGACACUGCCCCGCGUAGGCAAGUCACCCUCCCACCAGCGAACUACUCCGAAAGCAUUCAAGACGUCAAUCGGGCAUUACAGUCUGCAAAUAGGGCUUUGCAGAACGCACAAGAGGCCUUCCAGACUGGAAGGUCAAGACCUGAUCGCCAAAGCCUAGUGGAUUUGACUGGAAGUAGUCCACCAAACAAUUCCUCCGAGGUCAAUUUUCUCUCAGAAACCGUUCAUCCUCAAGACCCUCAUCCACAUCGACAACAGGGUCUUGUCCCGCCAUUCUACUCCUUAUUCACACGUAGUCAGGGCGCCAGGGGAACCGACCGAAACGAUUCACAGAGAAUCCUUACUCAUACCGAAGUCCGCCGCCUACAAGAGGAGGAAGCAAUUCUUCGACAGAGAGAAAAUCACAACAACUGGGAGAGAACUCAGGCUAGAACACAGGAAAGAAGAGCACGCAACCAGUCCAACCAGGAACAGUCCACCAUGUCCCGUCCAUCAUCAUCUUCCUCUUCGUCUCAAGCCAGCAGUCGUCCCAGGUCUUUAAACUCAAAAGCAACAGAUCCGGCGAUAGAGUCAGUCGAUCUGACUGAGGUAGACGACAACGCAGGCUUAUCCGCCGUUCUUGCCAAACAACGACAAGAUGCGAUUCUGGCUCAGAACCCUGGAUCAGAGUCAGGGCGUACAACAUUGACUGCUUACAAAUGUCCUGUGUGUAUGGAAACCCCGACCGACGCCACCUCUACCGUUUGCGGUCAUGUCUUUUGCCAUCGUUGUAUCAUUGAUACGCUGAACUGGUCUAUGGAACAACGACGUGGAGAGACACCACCAAGCCGAAAACUUAGAGGUGUAUGCCCUGUUUGUCGAAAACCGCUCGACUUGAUUGACAGUGGGCCAAGGAAAAACCUUGUACCACUGGAAUUGAAAUUCAUGGUGGUAACGAAGCGCAAGCGGGUAGAGUCUGAGCCAGAUGAGAAAGGCAAAGGAAAGCAGAAGUCAGUGGAGGUUGAGAAUCUCAGUAGUGAUGAUGAUGAUGAUGACUAUGAACAAACUCGCAAACGGAGCAAGAAGAACAUCCGGGCAGGAAAAGCGAGAGAGCGCGAAUCAACCGAGGAUGCUCUUUGGGGCGAGUUCAUGCAGGACUAA